UUCCUCGUGUCGUGUACAACGUCGAGGAGGGCAGCGGGGAGGGGACAGCCGACGCCGGUGGGCGGUGGCGGCGGUCGCGCAGCAGCGUUUCCCUUCAGCUUCGAUCACGUUGGUGGCGGCGCGGGCUACAGAAGCCUCACCCACCGACGAUUUGACGGCUGUCGAGCCCUGGGACGAGGUGAGUGCAUUUUUCUCCCUCGCCCCCGUCGUACCCGAUUCUCGGGCUUGGUUAACAACAGCUGAAGCGGUGGUGCGCAGUUGGUUCAUCGAUUUGGUUCCGCAGUCGGUGUUCGGGGCAGGGGGAGCAAUGGGUUCGGUCUCGGACUGCCAGGAGAAUGGCAACCACCAGUCGCCGCCGCCGGCGGCGGCAGAGGCGGAGCUGGUCGUCGAGGAGGGCGAUGCCGGCGACACGAUCAAGGGCAACUACCAGCCGCCGGAGCCGGUGGCUGAGGCGGGGCAGGUCGUCGAGGAGGGCGAUGCCGGCGUGACUAUGGAAGGCGUCGCUUCCAUCGCCUUGCUGCCUACCGGUGCCAUCUCCGGCCAUUUUAUUCGGCUCCCGGGCUCCAUCUGCUAUGGGCUACAAGGCACCCCAAUAUCUUGCGAGAGGGAAUGUAGCCGAGGAGAGGACUACCGCCUUAUAAAGCUCACCAUCAUUGAUUUUAAGAGCAAGAGAGAGAAGGUGCUUGUGGUGGAAUGCAGGGGUCAUGAUGCUGCUCGAUUACAAAACAUUGACCAUUUGCAUGGGUGGGAAGAUGACAUUGUUGGCUUGGUUGAGAAGGAGCAUGGAAAUGAGAAAGUCUUGCUCUCUUUUGAAUGUGAGACGCUGAAGGCUGAUAAAGACGCGGAAGAUCAUAUUACCAAGUAUAUGCCAAAUCUAUGUGGACUGGAUGCAGUUGUAAAUGUAGGGAAAAUGAGCAUCUCAGGCAUCAAUCUCGAUGAGGACGACGAACCAAGAGGGGACAACUGAGAGCAGAUGCGCUUUGCUAGAGCGUGUGAACAGUGGUCAUUGUUCACCAUCAGACGCUUAGACUGCAAUGAAUAUAGCAAUCUGAUAAAUUUCUCACUUCCAAUGCCUGUACUUAAAAUUCUGUGGCUGUGAAUGUGAAUCGGACGUUUCAACUUUCAAGUUACCACGCCGCUUCUGGCACGAAUGCCAUGGGUUGGUUGCUAACAUGAUGGGUGCAUUUCUUGUC